AUGGUACUCGACAAAUCUCGAAUUGAAUCGAUCGUGUCAGUGUUCGUCGCCGUUCACCCUCACGAAACCUCCGCCUUGAUAUACUCGUCCUCUUCCUUCUUCUUCAUUUUGAGUGCGUAUUUUGUGGUGCUUCCUUUGCGGGACGAAGGUGCGAUUUCUUUGGGGUUGAAGAAUCUUCCGGGCCUCUUCGUCGGGUCGUUGCUGCUCACGUUGGUGGCCGCCCCUGUUUCCACUCUCAUUUUCUCACUGCCAAAGCUUUCUAAACGGAAGGCUUUGGUUUUGAUACACCGGUUUUUCAGCUUGUCACUAGUUGUCUUCUUCAUUCUAUGGCUUCUUUCUACACCUGGAAGUUCAAAAUUUGAUGACAGGGAAAUGCGUAAAUUGAACUCCACUGUAAAGGGAGAGCUGAAGGUUGCAUUUAAUCAAACUAUCCCGACAAAUUCUGCUGGCUGGGAGAACCACGGGUGGUUUUAUAUUGCAGUUAGGAUUGCCUUGUUCCUUUGGAUUGCUUUGCUUAAUCUUAUAACCAUUUCAUCUACAUGGGCCAGAGUAAUUGACGUGAUGGACAGUGAGUCAGGUUCAAGAUUGUUUGGGUUUAUUGGUGCUGGUGCUACGCUGGGCCAGCUCAUCGGUUCACUUUUUGCCACUGGAAUGGCUUGGUUAGGCCCCUAUUUGCUCCUUGUUGCUGCGCUCUUGCUGGAAUUUGCUGCGCAAUCUUCAAUAGGAAUUCACAAGGACGAAUCCCAGCAUCAAGAUGAACUAUCUCCUUUGAGAAGAGCUGAUAAUAAUCACCUGAGAGACACCAGUGAACAAAGUUCAACUGCUAUAAAAUCAUCUUCCCCUAGAUCUUCUCCUUCUACAGAAAAAACUCAGUUUUGGGCCAUACUUGAAGGACUUCAGCUCAUAUUAUCUUCAAGUUAUUUACUGCAAGUUGCACUAUUACUAUGGCUCAGUGCAGUUGUGUCCUCUUUCUUCUACUUCCAGAAAGUAACUGUUAUUGCCAGUACAGUAGAAAGCCCUGUUGCUCGGAGAAAAUUGUUCGCCCAGAUCAAUAGCUUUAUUGCUGUUUUCAUCCUUGGCGGACAGUUAACUUUAACGGGCCGUAUUCUUACAGUUGCUGGGGUUACUUCAGCUAUUUGCUCCGCACCAUUUGUUGGGUUUAUGAAUCUUAUUGCUUUAGCUGUAUGGCCUUCAUGGAUUGCAGUUGCCAUAUCCGAAACUUUACGAAAGGUAGUUAUGUAUGUUGUCACUAGACCCGGAAGGGAGCUACUCUUCACUGUUGUUACACAAGAUGAGAAGUAUAAAGCAAAGGUAUGUAUAGAUGUGAUUGUUCAGAGGCUCGGUGAUGCCACUGCAGCUGGAAUGUACAAGCUAUUCUUUAGCACUUCAAAUGCCAAUCCAUCCACAGUCUCCCUUUAUGCAUUGCCUGUGUGUUUGUUAUGGAUAGUAACGGCUUUCAAUUUAGGACGAAGACAAACACAGCUUGCGAAGUACAAGCUAGCUCAAUCAACAUGA